UGUUUCAUAAACGGACGAAACACUUCGACGUCGACUACCAUUAUGUCAGAGAAAGGGUAGCAAUGAAGGCUUUGGAGGUGAAACACAUUCCUGCGACGCUGCAAAUUGCAGAUGUCUUUACCAAAUCCUUGUCGCAGGAACCGUUUUUCAAAUGGCGUAACAAACUUGGUGUUUCCGUGCCUUCUACGCCAAGUUUGAGGGGGAGUAAAGGCCAUACUGAUACUUCGUAUAAACCCCAAAUGGAGAAUAUGAAGAAGUCCGUCCUGUCUCUGUCGGAUGUGAUGUAGUGGGUAGAGCAGGUGAGCUUGUGAUGUAGUGGGUAGAGCAGGUGAGCUUAACCUGCUGUGAUGUAGUGGGUAGAGCUUAAUCUGAGUCUUUUAUAUAAACAUGUAAAAAGGGCUAGUCUUUGGGUAAGGUAAGAGAGAGUCAAUAAAGAACACGUUUUCAUCUUUAUCUUGUCUUUGUUUCUUGCCUUUUACAAAUGACACCGGCGUUGUUAGGUAAUAAUUUUAAAUCCUCAGUUUUAAAAAAAAAAAGUCAAGAUCUCCGGCAUUGAGAUCAGUCAUAUUAACGUUAAUCACAUGUAUCGUGUUGAAUUGUUGGUUGAUGAUGGGAAUAAUUAUGCAACUUUUGUGGUGUUCGAUAAGGAGAUGCUCGAGAUGACUAAUCAACAUGCAGCUACUCUCUUUAUGAACGAGGUCAAUGUUGGUCUUGACGACAAACUCCCGCAAUGCGUAUCAGGACUUGAAGGGCAAACUUUUGUUUUUCAUAUACGUGUCAAGCCAUGCAACUCCACCCAGAACUACAGUCCCUUUACUGUUUCUGCUAUCAGUCACAAUAUUGACACCAAGGAUUUCAACAUCAAGGAAAGCCCCUGUGUUGAUCUUAGAUGUGAUGAACCAUCCACUCCCCCUCCAGCCAACAACACGUUAACAGCUGAGGUUGAAGAAGGUGAACGCAGCUGCUCCCGUGAGUGAAUGCUUGAAAGCAACCAAAGCGUCAGCCCAACUAUGCCUCCAAGUCUUCCUCAGUUUUAAUAUUACUAUGCAUUUCAAGUUUAACUCUUUGCAACCUCUUACUUGCAACGUUCUUUUAAGAACUCAUUUCAUUAAUGUACCUCAUUAGAGGAUAACAUUUUCAUCAUUUUAAUUGCUUUAAGGGGAUGACGUAUUAUAUACAAUCGCUGUUCAAAAAAAUUCUUAAAAUUUCUU